AUGUCGGAACGACGACCCGAGGCUGUCGAGCCCAUCUCCGAUGCGGCUUCCAACGUUGACAAAGGGAGCGAUUUCGUCCACCAGGAGGUAGUUGGCGAACUCACUCCGGAAGAUCAAGCAUUCCUUGACAACUUCCCCGAAGACCGAAAGAAGAGAGUGAUGCGAAAGCUCGACUGGCGCCUGGUUCCAUUGCUGGGGUUGCUCUACCUAAUUUCAUUCCUUGACCGAGCCAACAUCGGCAACGCCAAGAUCGAAGGCCUGCCUGAGGACUUGAAUCUCACGGGACAGCAAUACAAUAUUGCACUUUGUGUUUUCUUCAUCACAUACAUCUUGUUUGAGGUACCUAGUAACAUGCUCCUCUUGAAGUUCAAGCGCCCCUCAACCUACAUGGGCAUUUUGGUCACAGGAUGGGGCACUAUUAUCACCCUGACCGGCCUCGUACAGAACUUUGGAGGUCUCAUUGCAGUCAGAGUUCUGCUUGGUGUGUUUGAGUCUGGCUUUUUCCCCGGAGCGGUCUACACUAUAUCGAGAUGGUACCUCCCACACGAGACCCAAACGCGAAUCGCAAUAAUUUACAGUGCCAGCGCUCUAGCUGGCGCUUUCUCUGGCCUUCUUGCAUUUGUCAUCGUGCGGAUGGAUGGACUCGCUGGCAUCGCGGGCUGGCGGUGGAUUUUCAUCAUCGAAGGGAUCGCUUCCGUCGUCGCUGGCGUUGCGACCUUCUUCUUACUUAUCGACACACCUGCCCUCUCAACAAGGUGGCUGGACGCUGACGAGAGGAAGUACCUUGAACUGCGUCAGUAUGCAGUCCAAGGCAACAGCAUACGUGUGAGAGAGGCUGAGAAGACGCGCAAAUGGGAAAUCCUCCGCUCCGUUUUGCUGGACUGGCAACUUUACCUUCAGGCCCUGGUUUACUGGUCUAACACGGUGCCGAAUUUUGGGAUGAAAUUCACAAUGCCCCAGAUUAUCAAGAACAUGGGGUACACCAGUAGCAAUGCCCAACUCCUAACCAUUCCUCCGUACAUCGUUGGAGCCAUCUCCGCCUACGUUUCCUCGUCGCUUUCCGACAGGUUCAAGUGGAGGAUGCCUUUCAUUGUCUUUGCCCAAGUCUUGGUUCUGAUAUCGUUUGCCAUAUUGUUCUCCAAAGCGGAAAACAUCCAAGAGAACAUCCCGGCUUGCUACUUUGCGAUCUUCCUGGCCAGUAUUGGCUUCUACCCAAUCAACCCUGGCGGCAAUGCGUGGACCGUCAACAAUCUCGCAGGGCCUACGAAACGUGCUCAGGGAAUCGCCUAUAUGAUCUGUCUAGGAAGUAUCGGUGGGAUUGUGGGCAGUUUCAUUUAUCGCGAGGAGGAGAGCCCGAAAUAUCCCACAGGGUUUGGCUCGUCAUUUGCAUUUGCCGGGCUCGGUGUCGUCGCUUGCUUUGUGUUGGAGUUCCUAUUCUGGAACAUCAACCGCAAAAGAGACAAGUUUACUGAGGAGGAAAUCAGAGCCAAAUAUUCGGAUGAUGAGCUUCAAAUGAUGGGAGACAGAUCACCUCUUUUUAGGUACACCUUGUGA